UAUUAUAAUAUGAAUAAUAAAUUUUAAUAAAAAUGGUGUGAAUUUAUUUUGGAUGGGAAGGGAUAGCAGACACCAACAAAGACUUGCUACGUGCCACCUAGAAAAGUAUAAGAAAAUCAAUUUUCUUGAACAAAAUACUUGUAUCCCAGAAAUCUCUCCGUAUAAUUGUGCUGUCACCCUCCAAUCUUUCUCUGUCCUCCGUAAAUUGUUGUUUCUUGCUUACACAGACGCCAAGAAACACUACCAAAUCCUCUAUCUCUUGUUGAUUUUUUCAAUUCUAUUCAAUUUCAACUCCAAAGGUGCCGAAUACCUGCUCUUUUAGAUUCCAAUUUUGCUUUCUAUCUUACCCUCCUUCAAUUUCUGUCGAUAAAUCGAUUUCCACAACACCCACAUAGCACGUUGAUCAGAUCUGCCUCCUUCAGUUUCACCAGGAUUAUUUUGAGCUUAAUAUUGUUCCUUGUUUCUUGAUUUUUCCUGAACCAGAAUAAUAUUUUUAGGGCGUUCGAGUUGGAGACUGUUUGCAUCCUUCUUCGGGAUAAUGAAGAAGGCCUUUGAUCAAACUGUCAGGGACAUUAAGAGAGGAGUCAACAAAAAAGUUCUUAAAGUUCCUUCAAUAGAACAGAAGGUUCUUGAUGCUACCAGUAACGAGCCUUGGGGUCCUCAUGGAUCGCUUCUUGCUGAUAUUGCAUUGGCUUCAAGAAACUAUCAUGAAUACCAGAUGAUCAUGUCAGUCAUUUGGAAGCGUGUUAAUGAUACGGGGAAAAACUGGCGCCAUGUGUACAAGGGUUUGACCGUUCUUGAUUACUUGGUAGCAAAUGGGUCGGAGCGUGUCAUAGAUGAGAUUAGGGAACACUCUUACCAGAUAACGACGUUGUCAGAAUUUCAGUAUAUUGAUUCAAAUGCGAGGGAUCAAGGGAGCAAUGUAAGAAAGAAGUCACAGAGUCUUGUGGCGCUAGUGAACGAUAAAGAGAAAAUACAGGAAGUUAGGCAGAAGGCUGCUGCCAACUGGGACAAGUUUCACAAUGCAUCAGGAGGGGUGAAGUACAGGCCUGGAUCAUACCCUGGUCCAGGAGGUUUUGAUGAUGAUCGCUACGGAAGUAGAGAUGAGGACCGUAAUGGGUAUGGGAGAGAAAGAGAAUGGGGUGAUGACAAAUAUGGUAGCCGUGAUGGUGAAGAACGCUAUGGUCGGGAUCGCUAUAGGGAUGAUGAAUACCGAGGUAGAAGAAGCGUAGAUGGUGACAACUAUGGCCGAAGAAGUAGAAGCUCUGAUAGAGAAAGGGAACGGGCUUAUGAAGAUGAAGGACAAUAUUCUUCGAGAGGAAGCUACGCUAAAACUGAUGAUCAAUCUCAUGAUGGAAGGCCUAUUGAGCGGAAAUCUUCUGAACAAAAUCUCGGGGUACCUCCUAGUUAUGAAGAUGCCGUGGGCGGUGGUCGCAGCCCCAUUUAUAGUGAGAGGGAUGGAGAGGUGAAAUCUUCACCCCCACCUGUAACCACCAGGCAUGAAACCACAGUUUCUAGCAGCCCUGAGGCUCCAGCAGUUGCUCCACCACCAGUAGCUGCUAUACCUUCUCCACCUGCUGCCGCCUCCAAUAAGGAACAUAAUGGGUUUGAUGAAUUUGAUCCCCGUGGUUCUUUUCCAGCGGCCCCACCAACAUCGGGUGUUGCUGAAAUGGACUUGUUUGGUUCUCCAUCGGACUCUUUCUCUGUGAAUGCAUUGGCUCUUGUGCCGACAACUGCAACUUCUGAAGCUGAUUCCUUCACUAACUCAAAUCCUCCUGGUCAGACCUUUGUGGCUGCAUCUUCAUCAUCUAUUAGCUCCAGUCAGCCAUUUGAAGAUCCAUUUGGUGACGGUCCUUUUAGAGCCGUUAGUUCAACAGAUGGAUUUUCAGCACCACCUCAGUCGGCAUCUGUCUUUGGUCAAAGUGCUGAACCACCCCAAUCAGUCCCGGAAUCUGGGAAUAAGUUUGGAUAUGGAGGCAAUUAUGACCAAAACACGGAUAUUCUAGCGGAUCUAUUGCCUCCAGCAGGACCUUCGCAGACAAAUUUUCAAACUCAACCUGGCCAACUUCCAUCACAAACAGGCUUUCCAUCACAAACAGUCUUUCCUUCUCAAACAGGUUUCCCAGCUCAACCUAACCAGACUGCAUUUCCACCGAGUUUCCAAGGUCAACCCGGCCAACCUACACCACACCAAGAUGGUUUCCAUCCCCAUGGUGGUCAAACCAUGGCUCUUGAUGGUUUUCAAUCUCAAACGGGCUCUGUCUCACAGGCAGGUUUUCCCGGUUCCAAUGGGCAACCUGCUCAUCUGAGUAACUUUUAUGGGGGUUUUGAACCUCAGGGUUCUUCGGCUACGGUUCCACCCAUGGUCCAAGUUACAACCACACCAGCUGCACCACAGUUGAAUGCUUCAAGUUUCUAUCAACAGCCACAGCCACAGCCACAGGUGCCGGCUAUCACUGCUUCAACUGGUGCUCUUGCAAUAGUUCCUCAACAACCAUCCAAAUUCGAGACGAAAUCGACUGUUUGGGCUGAUACGUUGAACCGAGGACUCGUGAAUUUGAAUAUAGCCGGAUCUAAAACAAACCCAUUAUCUGAUAUUGGAGUCGACUUUGAAGCCUUGAACCGGAAGGAGAAGAGAAUGGAGAAAACUAGCACAACCCCCAUGACUUCGAAUGUAACCAUGGGUAAGGCUAUGGGUUCUGGUUCUGGAUUUGGACGUGCAGGGGCAGGUGCACUCAGACCGCAAGUGAACCCCAUGAUGGGUUCCAGCAUGGUUGGACCUGGUGGCUAUGGAGCAGGCUACGGAGGUAUGAACCAGCCCAUGGGUCAAUACCAAAUGCAACCUCCAUCAACCGGUUUUCCACCUGGGUCAGCCAUGGCUGGAACUUACAACCCGAUGAUGGGUCGUGGUGGUGGUGGUUAUGGCCAACAACCGUAUGGUGGUGGUGGUGGUGGUGGUGGUGGCUACAGAUAGAAAGGGAAAACAGUAAACAGUUGAAAAGGAAAGAUGAAAUGGUUUUUAGUGUUUGAGGUUAAUGUAUGAUUGAUUGUAUUCAUAUUAUAUACGAUUGAGGACAUCACCAUUCUCAGGUUGCCUCAUUAACAAUUUUUGUGUCUUAUGGAGCCAAAUAAACACAAGGGAGGGUUGAAAUGUUGCA